AUCAGGUGGUUUUUGCCUAGCUUUGCCAAUGGGCAUUGAAUUGCUUUCUCUUCCCCAUUUCUUGACCCGAGAAUCAUUUGGCCCUCUAGAUAAAGUUCACUAGUAAGGGAGACGAAAACACGGAGGAAGAAAUCAUGGGAAGUGCUGAUGCGAGCUUCAACGACAGAAGGUGGUCGCUGAAAGGCAAGACCGCUUUGGUCACCGGGGGAACCAGAGGGAUUGGGUAUGCGAUCGUAGAAGAGCUGGCGGGGCUCAGCGCGAGCGUUCACCUGUGUUCUCGCAACGAGAAAGAGCUCAACGAGCGAGUGGCAGAGUGGCGGGGUAAAGGGCUUCGAGUGAGCAGCCCGGUUUGCAACGUCAGUAGCAUUACCCAAAACGAAGAGCUGAUUAAGAAUGUCUCCUCUGUUUUUUAUGGAAAACUGAACAUUCUGGUGAACAAUGCGGCGGCGCUUGUUAUUAAGAAAGCACUAGAUCACACACCGGAGGACUGCUCCUACAUGUUGAAAGCCAACCUCGAGUCCCCUUACCAUCUGUGCCAACUCGCACAUCCGCUCCUGAAAGCUUCAGGAGAUGGCAACAUUGUGUUUAUCUCCGCAGUUGCUGGUCUAGUAUCUCUACCUGCACUCUCAAUGUACUCUGCUUCCAAAGGUGCUGUCAAUCAGCUAACAAAGAACUUGGCAUGUGAAUGGGCCAAACACAAUAUCCGGGUCAACACCAUCGCUCCGUGGGGCGUGAAAACCUCCGUCGCACACCCUGAGCCGGAAAUGAGAGACAAGUUCAUGGAGCUGAUUUUGCGAACGCCUAUCCGUCGGUUGGGAGAGCCUAACGAGAUCUCGUCCGUGGCGGCAUUUCUCUGCUUUCCUGCAGCUUCAUAUGUCACAGGGCAGGUCAUUACUGUGGAUGGUGGUUAUACAGCGGGCUCCUAAGCCAAGUCGCACAAUCUUCUCCGUUCCUAAGUCAACUACCUCUCAAUUCAAUGGACUCUAUUUUGUAGCUGAAAACUAUGGAUGGCCAAGAUGCAGUUGAACAAAACCUCAAGGUUACAGUCAAUAAAUUGUUCAACUUUCUUUUAGGUCUACAUCGGAGACAUGCGUCAUAUUGAUUGCUGAACUUAUCUGAGCUUUCACGCGUUGUUUUAAGCACCAUGUUGGUCUCUGGCGAACAUGACUUCGCCUCGUGAAUCUUUCCAAUAAAGUUUGGUGAUUUUGCAAA